GUUUGUGCUUUGAUUAAAAAACGGAGAGAGUUCGUUAAAACAAGGAACGUGGGAAAGGGAACACACACAAAAAAAAACAGCAAGCCAAAAAACGAGAGUGGGAUCGAAAAAGAUCCUCCUCGUUCGUUGGUUUUAUUGUCAUCACGGUGGUGGUGGUGGUGGUUGUGCUUCUGGUUCUGAUUCUGGUUGUUGUUACGGCAACCUUAACCAAAACAAAAAUGGCGUACAGAAGAAGGCAAGGAAUUACGAAGACAUCAACUUUCACAGAAGAAAUUCAUCACCCACCGCCACCUGAUUAUAAUAAUAAUAAUAAUAAUAAUGAAUUCAAACGAUCUUCAUCUUCUUCUUCUUCAUCUUCAUCAGGAGGAGGAGGAGGAGGAACACUUCCAAAUUCUACAUCAUACACUUCUCUUGCUGCUCAAGCCAUUCGUGCCUCCGCUCUUCAUCGUGAAUCUUCGCUUUCCUCUGCCUACGCUGACUCUGCUUUCGCCUCUCGUCCUUCCAAGAGCUUCGCUGCCUACGGAGAUGAUUCAGCAAAAGGUGAAUCAAAAUCCGGGUUUUGGGGUGUUCUGGCUCGAAAAGCAAAAGCAAUCCUUGAUGAUGACAACAUGUCCCAGCAAUAUGAUAUGCCUGAGAGAAUGAGAUCGCAGCCCUUCAACAACUCAGCAGCUGGCCAGCAAUCAUACCAAUCGUCUGAGAACUUCAGAAAAAUGGAAAGUCCUAAAUUACGAAAGGGAUUGAAUGUAAUCACAUCUUCCCUUAAUCACAUUGGUGACACCUUUGAAAAGGCUUUUGAGGAAGGUCGCACAAUCGUGGAAAAUAAGACAGCAGACAUUAUCCAAGAAACUCGCAAACUGCAAAAUAAGCGUAGAGGAAACAAUUAUGAGUCACCAAAUCAGGAUUCUAAUGUAAAUAAUUCGUGGCAGCAAUCACCAGUUCAACCAACACAACAGCAGCUUCAAACCAACCAUGAAACUCAACUCAAGGCAUCUCGCGACGUUGCAAUGGCAACAGCUGCCAAAGCAAAACUACUUCUUCGGGAGCUGAAAACAGUUAAAGCAGAUUUAGCUUUUGCAAAAGAACGAUGUGCUCAACUAGAAGAUGAAAAUAAACUUCUUCGAGAGAAUCGUGAGAAGGGAGACCACCGUGCAGACGAUGACUUGAUCCGCCUUCAACUGGAGACACUUUUGGCUGAGAAGGCACGUUUGGCCAAUGAGAACACAAUAUAUGCACGUGAGAACCGCUUCCUAAGGGAAGUUGUUGAAUAUCACCAACUCACCAUGCAGGAUGUUGUUUAUUUAGAUGAAGGGAUUGAAGAAGUUACAGAAGUUUACCCCAUAUCCACCCCAGGAGUCUCAAAAAUGCUCUCUGUUUCUCCACCCUCUCCUACAUCCCCACCCUCACCUUCUGAGAUUGAGAUUCUCCCAUCUGAAAGCCCUACCGUGACAAAGGAAAUCUUUCCUGUGCCCAUGGCGCCAUCACAAGAAAAUAAGGAUGUUCUAGAAAGUGAGGUCCUGCAGAGUUUGAGUACCUCAGUUGAUGAGAAAGAAGAUACACAAAGACCCUCUAUAGCUUCUUCCUAAAUAGAGUUUCCUGUUCUUCAUCAAAGAUUUAGUAUUCAUUCAUUUUUUAUUACUUUUCUUCCUUUUUUUUUUUUCUUCUGUGGGAGGAAGAGGGGCAAGUGGGUUGUGUUAUUUUUCCACCGAUUAAUUGGUGUAUGCAGUUUUCUCAUCAAGAGUGAGUUGUUGUAAUUCGUCUUCUGUAACUUAGUACAGGUUCAAAUAUUUUCCAUGUGAUUCUUGUACUCCAAGCCAACGAUUGCCAUUGCACAUAGUGUGUGUGGUAGCAUUUUCAGAGUAAGCGCAGCAGAAUUAAUCAUGGAUGAUCUGUAGCGCUUGCUUUCUUUUGUCAAAUUACUGAAGGAAUUGGAUAGUAGCUCUGAGGUUUGUCAGCUUUUUGGAGCUAUUGCAAAGUGUGAUGGAUGUUUUUUGUUGCAAAA